GCCACAAUUGGAGAAGUUGAAUUUGGGACUACCAAACAAAAUCAGACCACCCAGCGGCAGGGAGGUGGAUCUGAAUUUGGGACCUCCGGAUUACAAAUCCAGCGCCCUAACCACGUGCAGUAAGCCACGCCGCCUCCACAGACAAGGCCGGAAAUUUAGUCGUGUUUGCCGCCCAAGUUUUCCUUGAGAGGAUUUACUGUGACUCAGCGGAGUUCGAUUGCCGCGAUGAUGCGUUUUCCACAACUGAAAAGUUGCUAAGUUUUUUUCUAGAUAUCUUGGCAAGUCGAGAUCUUGAGCGAAACUUGCGAGCGAAAUAGAGGUCAUGUCAUGUCUUACCGCAUAUAAAAGCAAUCUGGUGACCAGCUGGAACUCGCUUACUCGUUCUCGGGUUUUGUUUUGGAAGUCCCGAGGUGCCGAAACGGAGUAAGAAGAAACUUGCAAAGGUUCCGGGCCCACUCAUGACAACAAGCGGAUGAAAUACCGUGACGGAGGGCGUGGAGCAAACAAUUUGAAAGCACGUGAUUUGUAUCCGCAAGCCAAUCAAAUCUCUUGAUUUUGAGCAGGUGGUCUGCAAAUUUUCCAAGGCUUCCUUGGCGACACAAAACAACAGAAUCAACAUGGUCUUAAUUAGAACUUUCCUCCCCGAUGAGCAUAAAAUAAAAUGAAAACAGAAAAAUUGCAUACAAUGAUUUGGAGCUUGUUUAUUGAGUUCGUUUACCGUUUCUCGUUCCUAAUUGGAGUUGUCCGAGCUUAAAAUGUGCGAUAAAAUUGAAGCAUACCUAUCAGCAAUUAACUUUAUUCGUCAUCUGUUAAAUAAAACAUACUCGUAUCGAUGAAGAUCGGCUGUUAUAAAUAAAUAAUGAUUAUCUAGGCUCUUGGUCAAAUUAUGCACAGUGGCUUGUUAGUGUUAAUGUAUAACCCUGCUCAGUUUUUUGGACAUAUUUUGUACUCAAACUACCCGGCGCGCUUCCGUUGGCUUAAACAAGUCAGUUAACAGUGUUUUGGUUCUGUAACACGGGUUGCCAAAUAGAAAAUUUCAGUGCGGUUAACAUAAGUAUGGCCACUAAAAGAUCGGACAUGUCUUUUCCGCUUAAGGUUGUGUGCCUCCUUCUUGUGUAUAUUGCUUCUGCUCAGUCCACAACGACAGUCAGUGAGAGCGUCACUAUUCAGCCUUCAGCGACCGUGACGUGGACCAUCAGUUACUCAGUAGAGGAGACUGCCAGUUUGGCAACCUCUGUGGAAGUGGUAGAUGCUACCACGACGACAACCGGGAUUUUGAAUACCGGAGUGGCGCCCAGUCCGUCGUCGGUCAUUUCUACACAGUCUUCCAGUGUCACGGAAAACCAGAGGACAUUGACAGAGGCUGAACGAGAACUUCAAAAAGAGUUUGCACCAUUAAUUGAGGAGCUUGGUGGGAAAAUCACUACGGAAGUUGAUCCAACAAAAUCCAAACCAAAGGAUGCAAGCAUUAUCGAGACACUAUCAAAAAUGACAGCGAAGGGCUUGUCUCUCUUGACGAAAUAUAACAACUCUGUAAAUGCCACAGUGGACUUCUUUAACGUUACCGAUGACUUCAGCUUCGUGCUAGCCAUGAAGAAGUUUGACUGCCUCGAAGUAAGGUCGGCAGCAAUACCUGAUCGUUCCAAUAAGGACACAGGCCAAGCCUUGACAAAAUUUACAGACUAUGUGUCUGCGAAGUUUGACUGUCCAUGGAAAGUGAAAAAUGCAACUCGUCCAAGUUUGAGAAAAAGGCGAGAUUUGAGAGAGAUGCAGUUUGAGGUUACCAUGGAUAUCAGUGCUGAUGACGAAGGUGACUUUGAGGAGUUUCAGAUGCUGUAUCACCACUCCCGAGUCAGGAGGAGUGACCAGCAAUGUCAAUCACGGAUGUGUGAUGUAAAACGGUUUGAGACUACUCUCGUCAUCAAGAACAGAACUUUUGACAUUCGCCUUAACAACUCAAGCUCAGCUUACUACAAAGAGUUGGAAGAGCAGUUAAAAGAAACGCUGAAAUCCAACCUCGCGCCUACCUUGGAGACGGUACAAAUACUCCGCUUUUCUUCUGCAUCUCCUGGAAACAUGGUCAAAGCCACAUUCUAUCUCGAUGUGCAAGGCAACAUUGAAAAUUCCACUCUCAUCGAUGAACUGAACAAAACUGUCGUGAACGACAUUCUUGGCAAGUUUGAAGUAGACACAGCAACUUUUCAAGCCAUACAUAGGAUUGUUGUUGAUGGUAAUUACACCCAGUGGAGUCCGUGGUCAGUUUGUGAUAACAAGUUUGACACCAAUAGAACCCGGGAAUGCCAGGGAACUGAGCACGGAGGAAAGUGUGAUGGCGAACCUGAAGAAAUCAGAAAAUGUGAUUGUGCUUACAAUAUGACCGAGGGUGGAAACAUCACCUCCCCUUUGUUUCCUAACAACUAUCCGGACGGGGUCAGAUGUGUUUGGAUCCUGGAGGCGCCGGUCAAUCAUACCGUCAAGUUAGAUUUGGAAGAAUUUCACUUGGAGAAAGACAAGAAGUGUUUUUAUGAUUACAUGGAGUUCUUCGACGGCGACACGGAAGAACACCAUUUGAUCAGAGAAAGAAUGUGCGGAAGACACGAUCCCCAACCCCUUGAAUCCACGGGACAGAAGCUUAUGGUGGUGUUUAAAUCUGACAAAAGUGAAAACUACAAGGGGUUCCGAGCUGUGUGGGAAACUAAAAGAAUGAAGGAGAAAGUGAUAGAGUACGUCGAGCAACACGUGACAACUCUGGUCAUGAUGUACAGUCCGACUGUGAACGACACCCACUAUCCGCUUGGGACGGCAACCACAUGUCCUGCAGACAGCCAAACCAUUGACAAAGAAUGCAUCUUUGAUGAUACAGUCUUCAUAAUUUCUCGGUUAAUAAGUGCCCAUAUUGACCGCAAUCUUCCGCUCGAUGGUACAAACAGGAUCGUCAUAAACUUUGAGCAUAUAAUGAACGAAAAACUCUUUCCAGCAAUUUACAACGGAGAAAAGCAAUGUGUCACCUGGAAUAAGAAAGCAAUACUCCAGUCUCCAGUCUCCAGUCCAGGUGCAUGGACGAGGAAGGGCUGCACAGUUACGAGAACUAACAUCACACACACGUCUUGCGCCUGCGAUCAUCAAGGGUUAUUUGCAGUGGUGGGAAAAAAGAAGAUCGAAUCGCAAAAGCUAAAGCUGUUGGCGAAUACCUAUAUUGGAAUUGGAAUUUCAUUUUUCAUUCUCAUCUUGGCGAUUGUGCACAUCGUCUGGAAAAUUGAAGUUCACGGUGGAGAGAUCAUGCGUAUUAACAUGUGUGCCGCCAUCAUUGUUAUGCAGAGCGUGUUUCUUAUUGGCGCUCAUGUCAAAGCUCAACAGACUCUGUGUGGCUUCUUGGCCUUUGCAGUUUAUUUUUCUGUGUUGGCUGAGUUUUGCUGGCUUCUUCUUCACGGUCUACGAAUCCAUGGCAAAAUCAAGAAAAUCUUUGCCUCGAAUCUCAACAUUGAGAUCGUUUAUGUCGUCAUUGGAUGGGGAUUGCCGAUGUUGUUGGCUCUUAUCGCUAUUGGAGUACAAAUCGAUUUGAAGAACCCGGACGACGUUUGUUGGGAGGCGGCAGCUGGCAGUGCAAUGUGGGGAUAUGCUGGGCCUGUCAUUAUCAUCGCCUUGUUCAAUGUGGCCGUUUUGCUGAAGCUUUUGAUCCCAACCGAAGAUGUUAAGAAUGGCUAUGACUAUGAAGAAAUGAGGUUUCGCGUGAUCAAGGACUUCAUAUUUCUGGCCUGCUUUGGACUUACCUGCACCCUUGCUUAUCAAGCUGUCGAGGAGGAACGGUUCCUUGAACAGUAUUUGCUGUCCAUCUUUGUUGUCUUGCAGGCCAUUGCCAUGUUUGUUUUCGGAAGAGAGGGUCGAAAGGACUUCAUUAAACGCCCCGAGAACACUAAACAGGAAGAAAACGCUGCCGACAACGAGGCCGUUACGGAAGAACCCAUCGAAAAUAUUUACGAAACCAUUGAUGAUGCGAGGGAGCCUGAGACCGACUUAGCUGAAGGACAAGUGAAGAGACCUCGAAAGAAAAAGUUAUCUAAGAAAGAACCAGAGAAGAUCACAGUUUCUACGUUGAAAAACCUGAACAUCUACAAGGAGGGAGGCCAGUACGUCAUUGAGGCUUGAAUCAAUGCGAAGAUUCGUUUUUUUCUUAAAGCCGUUAAGCACACUUCGACGUGAAUUUAUAUUUAUUUCACAGCAUUACAGCAAGGUAGUCAAAUACAUAAAUUGACCUCGAGGAGACUUCAAUCAUUUGAUAUGUCAUUUUGUAGAAAUUUUAAGACGCUUCAGUUUGAAAUAACUUUAAGAUGAACCUAACUAAGCCCAUAAUGGGCUCACUGUCCUAAGGUGACUCAGAGCAGUUGUUAAAAACGAUCCCCAGUGUUAAGUAAAACAAAUGCUAGACAGUUGCAUCAUAAGCUGUUCAUCCAAACCAGUUGUCCCAUAAGGUAUCAGUGUUUGCUGCAGAAUAAAAAAAUCCACACAAACGAACAAAUAGACAUCGAUUUAUUAGCGUUAUGUUAUGUAUAUACAGAGGACAUUCUCUCUUCCUCGCAUUUUAACUUCAUCUUCCAUACUCGGUUACAGAUUUUAAUUUUCGAGCGUCCCUUAAUUGCCAACUCCACUUUAGGAUAAAGCCAGAUCUUGCGUAAUUAUUUGCUGUGAUCUUCUCUUGCUACAAAUCUGCGCCCGGUUGUUCGAUCGCCGAUCGCUGAUUCUUCUCUGGGACUGAUCGUCGACUCUGAGUUUUAAUUAUAAUGUUUCCCCUAAAUAUUAAAAUGUUUUCAAGUC